UACUCCCUUUGAUUCUCUUUGCUCCAUAAAAACAGAGAGAACAAACAAAAAACAGAGUAGACGUAUUAGAGAUCUCAUGGCGAUGGCGGCUGUAACCGGAGCUGUGCUCAGUGGGCUUGGUUCGUCUUUUCUCUCUGGAGGCAAGAGGAGUAUCACCGCUUUGGGAACCGGCCUAGGCACUGGAGCUGCGAGAGUUGGCCGGAAAACUCUGAUUGUCGCCGCUGCUGCUGCUCAGCCGAAGAAAUCGUGGAUCCCCGCCGUUAAAGGUGGCGGCAACUUCCUCGACCCUGAAUGGCUCGAUGGCUCGCUACCCGGAGAUUUCGGGUUCGACCCGUUGGGUUUGGGAAAAGACCCGGCUUUUCUUAAAUGGUACAGAGAAGCAGAGCUGAUCCACGGCAGAUGGGCGAUGGCUGCUGUUCUUGGGAUCUUCGUUGGCCAGGCUUGGAGCGGCGUGCCAUGGUUCGAAGCCGGAGCUGAUCCACGUGCCAUUGCACCCUUCUCUUUCGGAUCGCUUCUCGGGACCCAGUUGCUUCUCAUGGGUUGGGUGGAGAGCAAACGGUGGGUCGACUUCUUCAACCCGGAUUCUCAAUCUGUCGAGUGGGCGACCCCGUGGUCGAGGACCGCUGAGAAUUUCGCAAACUACACCGGAGAUCAAGGGUAUCCCGGAGGAAGAUUCUUUGAUCCGUUGGGACUCGCUGGGAAGACACGCGACGGUGUUUACGAGCCAGACAGGGAGAAGCUGGAGAGGCUGAAGUUGGCUGAGAUUAAGCACUCUAGGCUCGCAAUGCUUGCAAUGCUGAUCUUUUACUUUGAGGCCGGACAGGGUAAAACACCUCUCGGUGCACUUGGUCUGUGAGAACUAUAUGUCUUAGAGUCUGUAGAUAUAAUUACUUUCUCCCAGAACAUAAUGCUGUUCUUCAAAUAUCAUAUCAUUACUUUAAAAGUGGCAAACCAAUCAUGAGUUCAGCUUGUGAACAAUGCAAAAUUAUAUCAUGAAAAGGCUUAUUAGAGCAUGAUUA